GCAGCCUCGAGCAGAGAUGUCAGGAUGAGGUGUCGGCAAAGCGUUACAGACAAUGUUUGAUCUGGAGACGGACACGUGACGGACUCACGCUGCAGAGGACGUGUUGCUGCAACGUUUGGAUGGCGGAAAGAUUUCGGAGCGAAUAGCGAAAUCAAUAAUUUAUUUUCAGACCAUGAACUAUGUGGGUCAGUUGGCGGGCCAGGUCUUUGUGCAGGUCAAGGAGCUUUACAGAGGACUCAACCCUGCAACACUGUCUGGAUGUAUAGAUGUCAUCGUGGUGCAGCAGCCCGAUGGCUCCCUGCAGUGCUCCCCCUUCCACGUGCGCUUCGGCAAGAUGGGUGUGCUGCGGUCUCGUGAAAAAGUGGUGGACAUAGAAAUUAAUGGAGAGCCAGCAAGUUUGCACAUGAAGUUGGGAGAGAAUGGAGAGGCCUUCUUCGUUGAAGAGACUGAGAACACAAUGGAAAUCGUUCCGUCCUACCUAGCAACGUCACCCAUCAUAUCAACGGGGGCGGAGUUGAUGGAGUCCCAGUUAGGCAGGCGCAGUUCUCGGCAUUAUGACAUCAUCCCCAACAGCUCACUUCCUGUCCAGAGCCUAGGACCGCAGCAAAGUGAUGGCGGGAUGAUCAAGAAGAGGAAAAAGAGAAGGAGGAAGACCCGACCAGAGGCAGGCGGCGGAGGAGGAGGGAGGAGAGAGGAGAGCGGGGAAGAGUUCUCGGAGGACCAGGAUAUGUUUACUAUUGACUUGAGUUCGGAUGAGGACAGAGAGGGUGACAACCGACCUGUGUAUGGAGAUCAGGGGCCUACAGCCAACGCGCACACACACCACAGCCCGGAUUGGAUCCGCUCACAGAGUCACAUGAUUAAGGACUCUCUCUCAAUCGCUCCACCCUGUGGUCUGUCUAUCUCUUGUCCUCAGAAGACUUCCCACUUCUCCACCCCUGUUAGCAGCCCCGACAAUUCUAGGUCAUCAACACCAAAGAGCGACUCAGAGCUAAUUACUCAGAACAAAGACAACCCUGAAAUGUUGUGGACGUGGGGGGAGCUGCCACAAGCUGCUCAGCCGUCCUUCUUGACUUCCCACCAGAAGCAGGACCCUGCCACAGCAUUCUCCAUCCCAGUGUCUGCCAGCACUCACUUCAGAGCCAUCAGUGACACCGGACCCCCCUCCUUCACUCUCUAUGCCCCCCAGCCAGGGGAAACUACUGCUCAUGACGGGGACAGGGACACGGAAGAAAGCAAACAUGGCGCCAUGAUGAGACUGCCCACUAACACUGAGGACAGGGCUGAAGUGAGAGAGGUGGAUAUUGUUGGGCCAUCAUGUCCAGAGAUGGAGGGUCUGACAGCCUGCUCAGUGUCUCCCAGGAUGCUCCUUGAUCAUCUUGAUGAAGGUGGGAAUAGAGGAAGUCCCAUUAGAAGAACGGAUUCGCCAUCGAAGAGGAAAGAAAAGAGAAGCCAACACCUUGGUGCUGAUGGCAUAUACCUGGACGACAUUACACAGCUGGAGCCUGAAGUAGCUGCUCUGUACUUCCCAAAAAAUGACGGAGGCAGUAGCUCGAUGAGAGUGGACUCCGAGAUGAUGAUGAUGAUGGGAGUGCGCAGCGCUAAUCAGUCCCCCCAGUCAGUGGGUAGCAGUGGGAUGGACAGUGGCGUCGACAGUUUGUCCGACCAAGCAGGGGACCUGCCUCAUGUUUCCAUAUCUUUGUGCGGAGGACUCACUGACAACAGCGAGAUCACAAGAGAGCACUUUCAGGAGAGGGCAAUUACCUACCAGCAGUUCUCUGAAAACCCUUCUAUCAUCGACGACCCAAACCUGGUGGUCAAGAUAGGAAGCAAGUACUACAACUGGAACACGGCGGCUCCUGUCAUGUUGGCCAUGCAGGUCUAUCAGAAACCACUGCCACAGGCCUCAGUGGAGAACAUCAUGAAGGAGAAGAUGCCAAAGAAAGGAGGACGCUGGUGGUUCUCAUGGAGGAGCCGGAACAGCGACUCCAAAUCAGAAUCAGUGACAGAUGCAGGAGGAGACAGUGCAGAGAGCUCACUCACUAUGCCCUCAGGAAACAGGAUGAAGGAUGAGUCAUCCUCUAGUGAUGAGGACCACAGAUCGUCCAAUCAGGCAUCAGGAUCCUGCCAGUCUGAGCUCCUUGUGAGUUCUGGCAGCGUCUGCUAUAAGAAGACUCUUCGGCUCACCUCGGAGCAACUGGCAAGCCUGCAGCUGAAGGAAGGUCCUAAUGAUGUGGUGUUCAGUGUGACCACUCAGUAUCAGGGCACCUGUCGUUGCCAUGGCACAAUCUAUCUUUGGAGCUGGGAUGACAAGAUAGUCAUCUCGGAUAUAGACGGUACCAUCACCAGGUCAGACACCUUGGGUCACAUCCUCCCCACACUGGGUAAAGACUGGACCCACCAGGGUAUCGCUCGGCUCUACCACAAAGUCAGCCAGAAUGGAUAUAAAUUCAUGUACUGCUCAGCGAGGGCCAUCGGCAUGGCGGAUAUGACCCGAGGCUACCUGCACUGGGUCAAUGAGAGAGGUACCAUGCUGCCCAUUGGCCCGGUGCUGCUCAGUCCCAGCAGCCUUUUUUCUGCCUUGCACAGGGAGGUGAUUGAGAAGAAACCGGAGAAGUUUAAGAUUGAGUGUCUCACAGACAUAAAGCAGCUGUUUUACCCCAACACUGAACCUUUCUACGCUGCUUUUGGCAACAGAGCGACGGACGUUUAUUCCUAUAAGGAGGUGGGCGUUCCUCUGAACAGGAUUUUCACUGUCAAUCCCAAGGGAGAGCUGAUUCAGGAGCAUGCCAAAACAAAUAUUUCCUCCUUUGGGCGUCUGUGCGAGAUGGUUGACCAUGACUUCCCGGUCCUAGCUCGAGACGAGGAACCAGACGUGCCGUGCGCUGACACUUUUGACCAGGUCAACUACUGGAGCGAACAACUUCCUGAUGCCACCAACCAGGAAGAAGAAGAAGACCCACUGCCACUUGAGACAAGCUGAGAAAACCCCAUCAAAUUCGUCACUGAGGAUGUUGCGUAUAAAACUUUGGUCAGUGAUUUCGUGAUUCAUCGUGAAGUCGGCAGCCCAGAUUCAGAGAGAUGGUGUUGAUUAUUUUAAAAUCAAAAAUGUAACCAAGAACUUUAUCUAAUGAAUGAAUGAACCCCUGGCUCGCACUACUGAUUCAGAGUAAAUUAAUGUGAGAUGGUGAAAAUUAUUAUUAUUAUUAUUAUUAUUUUGCACCAAUGUGGCUUACAGAGUCUGGUAUCAAUAUUGGGUCAUCCCUUCUUGUAUCGCCUUCAAAUUUGAUGUAAAAAAAGAAAGUCCAUCUUAAAAUAAUUAACCGUGGUAAGUCGACCUCAGCAUCGGUUAAAGUCUGCUAACAUGUAAGUACUCACCAUCUAAAUUAGAUAAUAAAUAACUUUGCAGACAUUCUGCUGUACCCUGAAGAGAUUCUACCCCAGCAGCAUUUCCUGCUCAGAUUUCCUGCACAACUAACUGGCUUCCACAAUCGCUAAUAAACAAUAAAUGACAUGUACAAUUCAGCUGUUAGAUCUCAAACCUGUUGGUGCAUCACUCGUUUUUGUACCUUGUUUAAGUGAGAAUACUCUCAAUUAUACUCAUCAAAUGCAAUGUAUUCACCAAAUAGUAAGAGGAGACUGAGAGUCUUGGUUUUAGCUGGUCCAGGCAUGUAGCUGUAGUCAUUUUUUCUGACCCCAAGUGCAAUAGAUACAGCACAACAUAAACACUGCGUAACAUAACAUCACGUUACAAUAAAGCCAUCCAGGACAUGCAAAAAUAGCACAAAUAGUGUAUCCAAUCAUCUUUCUGUGCCAAACACCUUUGCAGGUCCAGCUAAAUGUGUGUGUGGACUUCUGACCGUGCUCCUGUGAAUGAUGUGGCUCUGGCACAUCUUCUCGUGUUCAGUGACAAUACACAAGAUAAAUGCAGGGCAAUGCAAAUAA